GAUGAAGAAUAAAGAGAAACAAACACUCAGUGCGAGAGGACGGUAAAAAGUUUAAUUCCAUGGAGCUACAUUGACUUCAAUUUCUUAAAAUGUCUUCUACUCAUGAGACUUACAUUAUCAAUUCGUGGCCAUGCAGUUUUUAUGACAACUCCUCAAGAAAAUGGAUCUACGGGACUUUGUGUAUCAUGGGCAAUGGCGUAAGAUUUACAGCGGAUCAGGAAAACACACUAAAUCUAGAUAUACUUUAUUCUGACAUUGUUCAAGUGACAAAAUCUAUGACAGGUUUAAUAUUUAGAGCCAUGGUUUUGGAAACAAAUAAUGGGACUAAACAUUGGUUUUCUUCAUUUUCUGAUAUUCAUACAGUUGUGCAAUAUAUAAACUUCUUUCUGAGGACCAAAUUAUUAAAGAAAAAGAACACCUCUACACAAGAUAAAGGGAUAGAAAGGCGAACUGAAAUGGGCCGCAAGCUACUGAGUGUUGCUGUUGAUUCAGAAUCUACACUGAGAAAUGCUGCAGAAACCCUUGUAACACAGGGUCAUCAGUUUGAUUCAGCACUGGCAACAAUGAUGGACCUUCAUUCUGACUUGGAUGUGACGGAGAAUCUUCUUUCAGGUUUAGAAUCCUGGCUUGGCCGCUGGUCACUACCAGAAGAGUACAAAACCAAUGACCCCUUAAUGGUCAGCGAUGCUGACCUCUCCAUGGAGAUGGACUUCGAAAUUCUGUACACGAAACUGGAACCAAACAAACUCAACGCACAGAAUUUAGGGACCUUCAGAGUGGCUCAGGACGGAAUUUAUCUGAUGACAGAAAAACAGAAAAUGGUUCAUAGCUUCAAGUGGAAAGAUGUAUCUCGAGUUCGCGUCGUUAGUUUGUGGGAAAUCACAAUGACCCAGUUUCAAAUAGGGAAAGCUGAUAUAUUGUACAGCCUUGUGUUUACGUCUGUGUAUAGUGUGCUCAGUAUCCUGGAUAAGCGACUUCGUAGUAAAGUGGAAUAUUCCGAGGAUGCUUUCAGAGGAGAAUCGUCAAACAUGAAGCCACUUACAAAGACUGUCAACACCAACUCCUCUAAGGAACUGUUUCAUCAAAAAACUGAUAUGUUGGACAGUAAUAUAUCUGCAGUCAGAAUUCUACUAUCUGGUGAUCACAUGACAGGAAAAUACCAAUCAAAUCCAGCGAUAAAUCCAAGGGACCAAUCACAGGAAGUGUCAUUACAGGCCCCUCAGAAAAUUGUGAGUGACCAGGAAGUGUCUGAGCUCAGCAGCAUUCUGGGAGAUUUGAAAUCUCUGGCUCUCGGAGUUCAACAGGAAAUGGUGGAUCAGGACGAGAAAAUUGAUAAACUUACAAAAACAGUAGAGGAUGCAAAUGUUAGAGUAGAGAAAACACAAAAACGUGUUCAGAAACUUUUAUGAAUGCUUUGUAAUACAUGUAUUUCUUAAUUUAUUCUGUUGAGUAUAAACUUAUCUCUUUUUAGCAUUAUAAACAUUUAUACAUUUUAAACUUGUGCAUGUUGUGAGAAUACAUUUUAAGUACUAAAUUUCAAAAU